AACGGCGGAAAUUUAGAUCCACCUCACGCUUUCAGCUAGCAGUUUUUGGUUAGAGCAGCUUUUUCUUCUGAAUGGAGAGGCCAGUCUACUGGACAGCAGAUGUCUUCGGCUAAAAACGCUGCACGGGUUUGAAGAAACGAUGUCAUCGCGUCUAACUACCGCGCAGGCUCGGUAAACUGAAUGGACGGAUAGCUGAGAGUGUCCUGUCACUGACAGCCUGCCACAUUCAACACCGACGUAUGGCCCUUCUCUUCAGCUAGCCGAGGGAGACGACGCGACUAACACCAUGUUCCUGAAAACCUCGUUCACCACCCUGAUCGUAGGGGUGUUUGUGGUGUACGUGCUCCACACCUGCUGGGUGAUGUACGGGAUAGUGUACACUAAGCCCUGCGACAGCCCCAAAGGUGACAACUGUAUCACACCCUUCCUGGCAGGAGACCCGAAACUCCAGUUGAGUAUCUACACUGCGCUGCGGCCCAAUGCAGAGGGAGGACAUACUUUGAUCCACAAAGAGGAAAAGUUUGAUGUCAACAGCAAGUUUGAGAGGAUAGUAAAUGUCUCCCUCCCUAAGAAGACCCGCAACAACGGAACUUUAUAUGCGCUCAUAUUUGUCCAUCAAGCUGGUGUCACUCCGUGGCAGGAUCCACGACAGGUCCACUUGGUGGCUCAGCUCACCACAUACAUGGUCCCUAAACCACCUGAAAUCUCCUUGAUAUCCGGAGAGGAUCAAACACAGGGUCAGAAAGUAGAAGCCCGGCAAAAGAAGGGGCGGGACGGUAAACCUGCAGCGGGGGAUGGAGCAGGAUCAGAUCACCCAGUUUCCCAUUGGCGCACUCGCCUGACACUCAACGUUGUCGGCGACCACUUCCUGUUCGACAGAGAAUACCUGCCCAGUGAUGUCCACAGAUACCUCAGAGUAUUACAAAAUGGUAAGAAGAUGGUUUAUCUACCUCUGCUGUUUGUUGAUGAGCUCAGCAACCGGGUCAAGGACCUUGUGGAGAUCAACAGUACCUCCAUGGAGCUCCCUCUGACCAUCUCCUACGAUUCUAUCUCUCUGGGGAGGCUGCGAUUCUGGAUCCACAUGCAAGACGCUGUUUUCUCUCUGCAGCAGUUCGGUUUCACAGAAAAGGAUGCUGAUGAGAUUAAAGGGAUUUUUGUGGAUACCAACCUGUACUUCCUGGCUCUGACCUUCUUCGUAGCUGCCUUCCAUCUCCUCUUUGACUUCCUGGCGUUUAAGAACGACAUCAGCUUCUGGAAGCAGAAGAAAAGCAUGGUGGGAAUGUCCAGCAAAGCAGUGCUGUGGCGAUGUUUCAGCACCAUAGUGAUUUUCCUUUAUUUGUUUGACGAGCAGACCAGCCUGCUUGUCCUCAUACCUGCAGGCAUCGGCUCUAUCAUUGAAGUAUGGAAAGUGAAGAAGGCCUUUAAGAUUCAGGUUUCCUGGAAUGGAGGCAAACCAACUUUUCUGUUUGGGAAAUUAGAUGAAUCAGAGAGGAGAACAGAAGAAUAUGAUACUCUGGCCAUGAAGUAUCUCUCAUACCUCCUGUACCCCCUGUGUAUUGGAGGGGCUGUCUAUGCUCUAAUAUUCCUACGAUACAAGAGUUGGUACUCGUGGUUGAUCAACAGUUUGGUUAAUGGUGUAUAUGCCUUUGGCUUCCUGUUCAUGCUUCCUCAACUGUUUGUCAACUAUAAGCUGAAAUCUGUGGCCCACCUGCCCUGGAAAGCCUUUAUGUACAAGGCCUUCAAUACGUUCAUCGACGAUGUGUUUGCCUUCAUCAUUACCAUGCCAACGUCCCACAGACUGGCCUGUUUCAGGGACGAUGUGGUGUUUCUCAUAUACCUCUACCAGAGAUGGCUGUACCCAGUGGACAAAACGAGGGUAAACGAGUAUGGCGUUUCUUACGAUGAAAAACCCAAAGGAAAGACUCACAAGGACUAGUGGGGGAAGACGGGUUAUUGGUUUCCAUGAUGUGGGAUCUGUGGGUUUUAUCUUCAGUCCACUGGUAUCCACUGAAUGGUAUUGGUCAUUUGGUAUCAACAGAGCUGGUUAAACUGUCCAGAAAAAUGUUUUUGUUUCUGGUCAGUUAGCUGUAAAUGGAUCAGGUGGUUUUUGAGUUUUUCACUUCGUCCCAUAGAACAAAGGUCAACAUGUGCUUAGCUGCCUUUUUAAAUCUGGAGAGGACUUUUUUAUUGUUUAACAGUGUGUGAUGGGACAGGAACAUCAAUAAGAUAAACCUCUAACCCAUUUCAACCUGACACAACAACCUGAAAAAAACAUGUUUCUGACUGUUGUGAAUGGCUGGCACCCUGGUCUUGACUAUGACCGCAUGUACCACAGGUCAGACACUGCUCAGCUUUAGAGCGAAAGAAUACUCUAACUACAGUAACUCUCCUAUAGGAGAUAUUGGUGGCAACUUUGAGCCUUUGAAGUCAUAAAUUCAGCUUUUCUUGUUUUUCAAACAUCAUGUCACCCCACAAAGCCAGUCACAUUCCUUGUCCACUGAGAAAGCGCCAUCCUGGAGUUUUUGUUUUUGUCGUUAUUUCUAGCUUUGCACGUCUACAAACACUGCUUUGGUCGUGCUAAGCUUCAGUAGUUAGGUAUGAUUUAUUACAUUGGGUGGGACUCUCAUUUUAAGCAAAAACAGCCUGUUGAGGACCACUGUAAAUAUUGUGUUUUCAGAAUUUUAAUUGCAAUAUCAAAAAGGGAUUAUCAUAAUUUUAAACAUUUUUAUGUUUACAAAUUCCAUUUAACUGAAAGAGCACAAUUUGAGCCUGGUUCAGACUGCUGUGAAGAACUGAUUUAAAAAAUACUGAUUUUCCUUAAAAUAAUUCCAUAUUAUUCCAUAAGUGCAAAGUCUGAUACAUCAGAUUCAAAAGCAGGUGUCUUGGUAGCUCAGUUAAUCAUUCCUGAUGCAGAAUUUGGGUGUUUUUAUGAAAUUGUGCUCAUUAUCUUUGAAUAUUGCUCGGUGAAAAAGGCUGCUUGUAACUUGCCUCUUAGAAAGUAUCAAUGUGUAUAUGUUUCAAUUUAUGUGUUCCAAAUAAUCACAUAGACAAGCUAACCUGGGACAAAUUCUUGAAUGAUAAACCCUUUUUAACCUUCUCUUUAAAGUAAUAAUAUACAUGCUUAAAAAAUGGCUGAGGCAGGAGUCAAAUGAAACUUAAAAAGUAAAAGUCUGAAAUUUCAAAUACUAUCACUCUAGUUUUAAGAUUUUUAUGUACAGUCCACCUAUGUACAUAAUGAUGGCUGUAAUAAUAGCGCAGUAGCCAUGGUGAAAGGGAUGAACAUUUCCAGAAUCUUUAGCUGCAGUAGAAGCAGAUAGAAGAUUUUGAUUUGUUGCCUAAAAUAAUGUUGAAUCUUUAGCUUGACAGUUCCAGAAUCUGUUGAGUUGAACCCACUCUGUCCACACACAGUACACUGACGGCCUUUAAUUACAGUGUAACACAGGCGGGUACCACUAGAUGUCAUACUGACCUUUCCAUCCACUCUAGUUUCUUUUUAAUUAGGUUUUACCUGUUCGAGUAUUUUGACAUACCAGGGCCAAGAGAAUAUGUUGGUGCCAAAUGUGAGAAUGAUUCUUUAAACUGUUUGAAAGCUUUGUAUGUUCACCAUAAAUGGUCCAUCUGAUAUUUUUAAAUAGACACUGAUAUAUUAAGGGAAACAGUAAAUGGUAAGACUUGAAGAAAGUAUUACUACAUUUGGAUGUACAGUCACAUUUUAAUUUUCUGCCAUAGUUCUAAUGUAUGUUUGUCAAAUGUUUUUUUUUUUUUUUAUAGAAAGAUGUAUGAAUAUAUUAGGUCCAUGCAAAAAUAUCAUGCACAGGUUUUCUGUUCCUGUGUAAAUGUGGCCUGGAGAUUUGCCAGAAUAAUGCCUUGAAAUUGUUUUACUUGUUGUAAUUUUUGUGUUUCUGAUUGUGGUUAAAUAAAAUUGUUGACUGAA